AUGGCAGAUUUUGAUGCAAUUUAUGAAGAAGAAGAAGAAGAAAAUGAACAAAAUUCAGAAGACCACUACGUAACUAUUGUUCCAGAUCCGAUUGUCGUUCGUGGAGCUGGUAAUAUGACUGUGUUUGGAUUAAGUAAUCGCUUUGAGGCAGAAUUUCCCAAUGGAUUAGUAUCAAGAGUAGCUCCAGAAGAGUUUAAAGCUACUGUUAUGAGAGUUAACAGUGUACUAAAAAAAACAUUACCUGUUAACGUUAAAUGGCUAUUUUGUGGCUGCGUAUGUUGUUGCUGUACUUUGGGAUGUUCAUUGUGGCCAGUUAUUUGUCUUAGUAAAAGAACACAACACUCGUUAAAUAAAUUAUUAGAGUGGGAAAAUAGUCGAUUAUAUCACAAGCUUGGAUUACACUGGCGACUAACUAAACAGAGAUGCGAUAGUUCAUCGAUGAUGGAAUACGUUCUUUUGAUUGAAUUUAUACCCAAAAUACCGAUUUAUAAACCAGAUUGA